AUGCAGCUCUUCAGGAAGCUCCUACAGGACAGCGAUUUAAGCGAGACGCUCUCGUUUCCAACUGAAAGUUUGAAGGCUUUUAACUUACCUGAUGGAGCUGAUCCUUCCAUGGAGUUUGAAGCAGAGGAUGCCAUGGGGCACCCCUGGCAGUUCCAACUCACCAUUCAACCGCACGGACCUGAUCGCCUCCAUCCCGAACCAACUCUCAGCUCAGGCUGGUUUCACUUCGUUUCCCAAAAGGGUCUCAGGGCAGGCGAUGAGGUCGCUUUCUAUAAGAACGAAGAUGGGAGCAGAGGACCGCCAUUCAAAAUUGAAGUUCAGAAAAUGAACACAUUCUCGAAUCCUGAUAUACAGCCCACUGCACAGUACAUUGAGAAUGGGAAGGAUCCAAAUGGCAAACAGGGCGUAGCUUCUGAUAUUCAGUCAAGUGAACCAGACCCUGAUGAUCGAACUGCCACUUCUGCAGUUAUCACCACAUCCAGUGGCAAAGUGCAGAGUUCAGACAGCAAGCUUCCAAAUUUGCAGUUCCGCCAGCGAGCACGUCGGAAGGUACACUGUGAUUUUUGGUAUCAAAACCGUAAAAAGUUUAAACAAAAUAAGGAGGUGAGGAAGAAAUGUAAGGUGUUGAGCAGGAAGAAGGAUGCUUUGCUCCUACUUUUAUCUUAUCCCAUGGUUAUGAUGGACAAAGAUCAAUCGGAGAAAUGGAUUGCCGAGUCACAAAAGAUCAUGAGAGAUGUGAAAUCAAAUGAAGAAAAUUUGUUUGGUGAAGAGGCAGAAGAAUGGCAGAAGAGGCUGCGGGGACUUUCUGCACGUGUGCAGAAGCAGCUGGAUGUUCCCUUCACGGAUGGUAUUGGGGGAGUUUUACCAGGAGACAUAGUUGAGAAACUGUUUAUGUCUGCAGAAGCUAAUAUAGGGCCCCAGUUGGAAUUGGAUAGAAACUGGACAUUGGUUUCCGGGGAGACAUCAGAGUCUACAGUCUUAUCAACACACUGUGAAAGGGUAGUAACAGGAGAGAAAGAUAAAACACAACUAAUGGCUUCAACAAGUUAUGCAGAUCAAGUUGAAGAAGUUGAGUUAAUCCCGCAUGAAGCACUGCUUGUACCGGAAGAAGUAUUUGAUUUUGCAGUUGAUUUCGCUGUUCGUCAGACUUUGGAUUGUAUAAAGAGGGGAGAUAUUAACCGUAUUCGAGUAACUGGGAGAAACGAGCAGAGGGUGAUAGAGGCCAUAAAGCACCAUCAAGAUGUGGCUCCUGAAUUUAGAUAUAUCCUUGGUUUCACUUUACCGGAGCAUCAAAGUAGUGCAGAGGUUUAUGAAGUCAUUGACCGGCAGUUGGAUCUUAGGCUAAGCGGAUGUUCUGGUUCUAUUAACCUUGCACCUGAAUUUAAACUGUCUGACAGCUUGCAGUCCUUAGGAAUUUUUUUGCUUUUGGAGGAUUCUUACAAAAAAAUGAACUUUGAUCAUUUGAGUCUCCCUUUACAGAUAAACCUUAAUGAUUUGGAUAAUCAUUUGCAUUCAGGUAUCAUGAUCUUUAAUUCUAAAAUGGCAGCUGAUCUGGAGAUUAGAAUGGAGGAUCAUCUAUUGCCAUGGGAGGUCUUCUGCAGGAACGCAGGUGAAGUUCUGCUUUCACCUACUAUCCAACAGAUAGCAGCACGUAUAGUUAAAGAGUGCCAAGGAAAUCUACAAGCCAUCAUUCUAAUGGCCAGGUCCUUGAAGACAGUUACAGAUGAUGUCAGCCUGUGGGAACUUGCGGUUCAAAGAUUGUCCAGGCAGUCUACAUCUGCGGUAAAAGAUAUUGACUAUGUCAUGGUUAAUGCAUUAACAUUCAUUUGGGAACGCAUGAACAAUAAAACAAGACAUUGCAUCAAACUUUGUACAUGGUAUCCCAAGGGAGAGAAGAUUGAUAGAGCUUCACUAAUAUGCCAUUGGAUCCAGGAUUGUCUGGUUGAUACGUAUGAUGAAGGAAAUGAUAUUCUCCAAAGCCUUGUUGAUGCCUUCCUAGUGGAUAAUUUGCUGGGGUUAGAUUGCGUCCAGCUGCGAAGAGAGAUCUAUGAUGUCUUUGUGAGGGUUCUUUUACCUAGAACGAGUCCAGUAUUUCUCAUGCUAGGCAGUCUAAGAUUGACCGAGCCACCAAAAGACGAGGAAUGGGAUGCCAAAGAGAUACACUUGAUGGAUAAUGAACUAUCUGAGCUACCUGAGUCUCCCAAGUGCCCCUCUCUAAUUGCAUUGUACCUGCAGAAGAACUUGGAUCUGAUGGCUGUACCUUCCUCUUUCUUCAAGCACAUGCCAAAUCUUCAAAUCCUGGACUUAUCACAUACCAGUCUCAAAUCUCUGCCAGAAUCACUGUCCAGUUUGGUUACACUGAGAGAACUCUUUUUGAAAGGCUGUGAACUCUUGAUGGAACUGCCUCGCCAUGUUGGAGAAUUGAGGAAUCUUGAGAAACUUGACCUUGACAAAACUGAGAUUAUAGAUCUCCCAGCAGAGGUUGGAAAUCUUUCCAAAUUAAAAUUUUUGAGGGUGUCAUUUUACGGAUUUAUGAACUGUAGCAAAACAAAGUUGUGCCGGGACAUUAUUAUUCACCCUGGAACAAUAUCAAAGCUCUCUGAGUUAACCGAAUUAAACAUUGAUGUCAAUCCAGAUGAUGAGCGUUGGAACGCAACUGUGCAAGCUGUUAUUGAGGAAGCAUGCAGCCUGAAAACUUUAAGACAACUCAAUCUAUACCUGCCAAACAUCCAAAUAUUGCAAAAACGUAGAGCAGGUAGCGCAUCUUUGGUGCAUUAUCCAUUGCCUCGAUUCAGAUUUACUGUUGGUUAUCAUAAGCAACAGGUCAUAUCACGAGUUCCAGAAGAAGCUGAAGCUCACUUCAAAAAUGGGGAAAAAUGCUUGAAGUUUGUAAAAGGCAGGGAUAUCCCAGCUGAGAUGAAAAUGGCACUGAACCAUAGCACAGCAUUUUUCCUAGACGGGCAUGUCACUGCCAAGAGCUUGUCUGAUUUUGGGUUAGAAAAUACCAGUCAGCUUAAGUGCUGCUUACUAGCAGACUGUAAUGAGAUCCAAACCAUUAUUGAUCGUGAAGAGGUUCACGAAGAACAUGAUUCACUCGAAAAACUACAGUACUUGAAUGUAUACUACAUGAAGAAUUUACGGAGCAUUUGGAGGAGGCCUGUUCGUAAGAAUUGCCUAGCUAGCCUGAAGUUCCUUGCAGUUCAUGCAUGCCCCAAGUUGACUACAAUGUUCCUGCCGAAUUUGCUUGCUAAUCUUGUUAUGUUGGAAGAGCUUAUAGUUGAAAAAUGCCCACAACUAAUGAGUCUAGUGAACCUAACAGACCAUUCAUCCUCCAACUCAGCAACUGAUUGUUUUCUUCCAAGCUUGAAAAAGAUUUAUCUUCUUUAUCUACCAGAACUGGUUAGUAUUUCUAGCGGUUUGUGCAUUGCAUCAGAACUGGAAAGUGUAGGCAUUUACAACUGCCCAAAGCUCGAGAGCCUUUCUACAGUGGAAAUUUCAAGUGAAAACUUAAGAGUGAUCAAAGGAGAAAGUAAGUGGUGGGAAGCAUUGAAGUGGAAAGAAUCAGAAUGGGGAAAUCGGGUAGAUUAUCUGAAUGGUAUCUUUUCCCCAAUUAUCAGGGAGAAUGAUAUAAAGACACAAUUGGCAGCAGAGGGACUGGUAGAACUUAGUUUUAACCAAUAG